AUGACAGUGGCACCGCCACCACCACUGGCGAUGACAGUGGCACCGCCACCACCACCGCCGAUGACAGUGGCACCGGCACCACCACCGACGAUGACAGUGGCACCGCCACCACCACCGACGAUGACAGUGGCACCGCCACCACCACUGGCGAUGACAGUGGCACCGCCACCACCACCGGCGAUGACAGUGGCACCGGCACCACCACCGACGAUGACAGCGGCACCGUCACCACCACCGGCGAUGACAAUGGUACCGCCACCACCAUCGACAAUGACAACGGCACCGGCACCACCACCACCAGGAACUACAGUGCUAAAUACAUCACGAAAUUCAAUUCGAUUCAUCAUCUGCGCAUCCUCCUCCUAUUGUCAUUCGAUCAAUGAAGGAGGGUAUCCUGGCGCUCCAGUGCCGUCGCCACCACCGGGGUACGUUCCAGCGCCGUCGCCACCAUCGGGAUACGUGCCAGCGCCGUCGCCACCACCGGGGUUUAUUCCGGCGGCAGGUUACGCCCCGUCAGCGGGAUACGUUCCACCGACGGGAUACGUCCCGUCGGCGGGAUACGUCCCGUCGGCGGG